GACAAUAUCAUCUUAUUCUUAAGAGGCUGCAAGGAGCUGGGUCUUAAAGAAUCUCAACUUUUUGAUCCAGGAGAUCUUCAAGAUGCAUCAAAUAGAGUAACAGUCAAGAAUAUUGACUAUAGCAGGAAGCUGAAAAAUGUAUUAGUCACCAUUUAUUGGCUGGGGAAAGCAGCAAACAGUUGCACUUCGUAUAAUGGAGCAACACUGAACCUGAGGGAAUUUGAAGGAUUGUUGGCACAGAUGAGAAAGGAAACGGAGGAUAUCGAGAGCCCGAAACGCAGCAUUCGUGACAGCGGUUACAUAGACUGCUGGGACUCCGAACGCAGUGAUUCCCUCUCCCCGCCUCGCCACGGAAGAGAUGAUUCUUUUGACAGUCUGGAUUCUUUUGGCUCCCGCUCACAGCAGACACCAUCUCCAGAUGUAGUACUCAGAGGAAGCAGUGAUGGGAGAGGAAGCGACUCUGAAUCUGAUUUGCCACACCGGAAGAUGCCAGAUGUGAAAAAAGAUGAUAUGUCUGCAAGACGGACAUCGUAUGGUGAACCUAAAUCAGCUGUGCCUUUUAACCAGUACCUCCCGAAUAAGAGUAACCAGACUGCCUAUAUACCAGCUCCUCUUCGGAAAAAGAAAGCUGAACGAGAAGAAUACCGGAAAAGUUGGAGUACUGCUACUUCACCCCUAGGAGGAGAGAGGCCUUUCAGUAAAACCCACCCUGAAAUGAUAGAAGAACAACAAAAUGAGGCAUCAAGACCACUUGAAGAGGAGCAAGUGCAUGGCUGCAUGACUGCCAGGACAAACCCCAAUAAAACUCAAGUAGAUUUGACUCAAAACAAAGACCACCUUAUAGGUCAGUUUCCUUCAGGUAGUGCCAAAGAAACACGCAAAUUCAAGGGGAAAGAUUCAGAGGAGAUCAGAAAGCUAAGGCGGCUUGAACAAGUUGGCAUUAAAGUCAUGUCAGCAGCUCAGCGCUAUGGCAGUCAAAAACCAACAUGCGAAGAUAGUGAAACUACCCCAGACAUCAUCCUUCGCAAAGAAAACCCCUUCAUGAUGCAAGGGAAGGAUUCUGGAUCAGAAGAUGAAAUGAUGUGCAGACUUCCUGACCUAGAAAAAGAUGACUUUGCUGCUCGGAGAGCAAGAAUGAAUCAGCCCAAGCUUACAGUGCCCUUUAAUCAGUUUUUAUAUGGACCGUAUACCAAUAAAGAUAAAGGUAAACUGGAAGAUGCUAAAAAGUCAUCUCAGAAGAAAAAACAGGAAUAUGCAAGAGGAAACCAGAUACAUAUGACACCAGCGAGCCAAAUUGUGACACGUAAACAGAACCUAUUCCUGCAAUGUAAGGACAAUGAGUCAGAGGAAGAAGAGCAGGUGAAAAUGCCUGAUAUUCAGAGAGAUGACCUGACUAAACGGAAAACUCAGAGUAACCUUUCUCAGCAGCAAGAGUCUCCAACGUUUAUUAAAGCCUCUAUAACACAAGCUGAUUUGGAGACAUGGGACAGACUGAAAACGUCAGGAGAGACCAGUAAAGAAGACCUUGUAUGUCCCCCUGAUCCUGAAUCAUCAGCUAAAAUUGCAGCAGAAACAGCUGUUCGUGAUGAUUUUGCUACCUGCAAAGCCAGAGCUUACAAAAAGGCUUCUAGCCCUAAGCAGAGGUUUGUGCACUUUGGGCCAGUGACUGAGAUUGAUCAACAGAAAUGGGAGAAGCUCAGCAUUGCUAGAGCUGCAGCCAGUGAUGAAUCAGAAGAGGAAACUGGGAGGGAAAGUGCUACAGCUGAGAUUUGGACUGAAUCAUCUCCAUCAGCUACAGUCUGCAACCAGAAGUCCAUUGGACAUACUGCUGAAGUAUCUAGGCCACAAAAUGAUCCCAGUGAGGUAGCAAAGUCAGGUACAGAUGAAUAUUGCAGCGGAACCCCAUCAUCUGUCUCAGCUGCUUGUGUCAUCCCUCAGAAGCAAACUCUAUGCAGAUUGAGUGAAAGGCAUGAAAGCAAUGAGGAAGAGCUUGAUGGGAGUUUGCCAGAAACUGAGAGAGAUGAUAUGAUGGUUAGAAGGAUGGGAGCUUUUCAGAGGCAUUCUAGUCCAAUUCGUAUACACAGUCCUCCCACAUCAAUGGGUCAUCACUCGCUGCAGCAGCAAAAGAAGGUAGCUCAUAAGGAAGAUUUGAAGACUCUGCAGAAAGCAGAAAGUGCCCAAAAUUGCCUCAGCAGCAGUUUGCCCUUGAAUUACACAACUGAACAUUGUCAUGGAACACUUUCACCUGUCCCUAUGGGCUGUACUGUAACAAGAGAAGAGAGCCAUGUGAAGCUGAAAUAUCAUGAUCCUAUUAGUGGUGGAACAGAACACAAAGUGAAAUUUCCAGACCCUGAGAAAGAUGACAUGAUGGCCAGAAGAACCGGGGCUUUUCUAAAGCGUGCUGGACCGAGUGCUAACCAGUUCCUUCCAGUUCCAUUUUCAAAGCAGCAGAAUAGCCAGGGCACAACUAAGGAAUCUGUAAAGACUGAAAGGAAAGUGAAGAGCACCACUGCUGGCUCAUUCAAACGUGAAAAAUGUCCACAAGUCUGUGCUAACAACCCUCAAAGAUCUUCAAUGCAAUGUCAACACACAGAAGAACGAGAAAAACACAACCUUCCUAAUACAGGACAAGGUGAUGUGACUACGACCGACUGUAUUCUUACUCGGGUAUGUCCAAGUCAAACCUCACAAUUUCGGGAGGGUACCAAGAAAAACAACAAAGAAGCAUUCUCAUUCAAAGAUGAACAUCUACAAAUAUUCGGCCCCAGAACUGCUGUGUCUGAUGACGCAGAGAGUAUGAGUAUGUUUGACAUGAGGUGUGAAGAUGAAGCAGUCAUGCAGCCUCACAGCAAGGCUCGCCAUGAAAAACUGCAGAAUGUCCACAACCAACUGAAAGAGGAUGAGACCAGAUGGCAAGAUGAUCUGGCACGGUGGAAAAGUCGCAGAAGAAGUGCUUCACAGGACCUAAUAAAAAAAGAAGCAGAAAGGAAAAAGAUGGAGAAAUUACUGAGUGGUGAUGGAGCAAGUGAACGAAGGAAAAGUAUCAAGACCUACAGAGAAAUUGUGGAGGAAAAGGAGAGAAGAGAAAAAGAGCUACAUGAAGCAUACAAGAAUGCAAGGUCACAUGAGGAGGCUGAAAAUAUCCUACAGCAGUACAUUGAGAGAUUCACCAUUAGUGAAGCUGUCCUUGAGCAUUUGCAGAUGCCAAAAAUUCUGGAAAGAAGCCAUUCAGUGGAGCCAAAUUCAUCAUCCCCACCUAAAGACCCAAAUCCUCUGAAAUACUUACGACAACAAUCGCUGCCUGCUCCGAAAUACACUGCCACCAUCGAAGCAACCAUUGUUCCCACCGGUGAAUUGGAAGCCAGCAUUUCAACAGGCCACAUGUCUCCCAGCAAAACUGUUGUUUCCAAGGCUGUGCCUAUGCUGACACCCAAGCCUUAUUCACAACCCAAAAACACACAGCAGGUUUUAAAAAACUUUAAGGUAGAUGGAAAAGUCAGCAUGAAUGGGGAAACGUACAAUGGAGUGGAAGAAGAGAAGGAAAAAGAAUAUACGACAGUAAUGUUUGCCCCUUCGCCAAGUAAAUCUCUCAAGUGUGAAGGUGUGGCCAGAGAGGACGGGCACCCUGUAGAGUUGAAGCAGGACAUCACUAGCAUUGAGCUCAGUUUACAGAGGCCUAUCCCUCACAGGGCGCACAAAGAAACAACAGCCUCCUUAAUAGAAGAAACUGAACCAGCCAACCAAAAAUGUGAAACUGAUUCUGGAAGGCCAGAAAUCAUGAAUCUAGAGAAUACUUCACCAGGUUCAGACCAUAAUCAAUUCAAGGCAACUGUUACUUGUGCCAGCCCUGCUCUGAUCAAUGUGGAGUUUCCUCCUCCUACCCAGUUUGAAGAUGCUGCUUCGAAAGAUAAAGACCUGAAGAAACCCGAGAGAAAACAACAGAAAGAAGCAGAAGACCUGGUCACACAGGAGAUGGGGAAGCCAAAGACUCUAAUACAAGAAGGAAGUAUCGUAUUUCCAUUUUUGAAGAAAUUGCCUGAGACUAGCCAAGCUACUUUGCAGAAUUCUGAGCAACAAGAUUAUUUUGAUAAUGGAGACAAAUCAAAUCAUUUCAAUUUCUGGUCCUGGGAUCCAGAAGAGGAGCGAAAACGACAGGAAAGAUGGCAGCAUGAACAGGAAUGUUUACUUCAGGAGCAGUACCAGAAGGAGCAAGACAAGCUGAAAGAAGAAUGGGAAAAAGCUCAGAAAGAGGUUGAAGAGGAGGAGCGUAGAUACUAUGAGGAGGAGCGCAAAAUAAUUGAAGAUACUGUAGUUCCAUUCAUCAUUUCUUCAAGCUGUACAGAGCCCCUCUCUACUUCUUCCUCCAUCACCGAAGGAAGUGGAAUAAUGAAUGUGACAGAAUUGAGUAAUUGUCAAGAAGAAGACAAACAGAAAGAAGUUACAAGACAGAAGAAGACACUUUGGGAGCAGGAUGAUGCAUCUUCACUAAAAAACAAGGAGAAUGACUUCUGGCAGGAAAAGAAGAGCAGCAUAAAUAAAGUGCUCGCAGGACAUCCAGAGACCAUUCUUCAGAGAGAAAGUGAGCAGGAUCACCAGGUCUCCAUGAUGGAAUGCAGCUCAUCCUCCAGACUGAAUCUGCCAUUAACUCAUGAUGCAUCAUGGAAUCAGCAGCUGUUAACAAAACAGCCACCACACAUUUCAGAAGAAGUUAAACAGAAAACACCUCUGGAUCAAUGUAUAGGCCAGCAGACUAAUUCCACAGGUGAUAUGAGAAGGACAGGCUGUUUUGAGAAUUUCAGAACCGGGCAGUUAUCACCAUGCUCUCCUACAGCUCAAAGCAAGUCACCCAAAAGGUACAAAAGGUCUGUCUGUGGAAAGAAAUUGUGUUCUUCCUGCGGGCUUCCUCUCGGAAAAGGAGCUGCCAUGAUUAUUGAAACUCUUGGUCUUUAUUUCCACAUUCAGUGCUUCAGGUGUGGCAUUUGUAAGGGACAGCUGGGAGAUGCAGUAAGUGGAACAGAUGUCAGGAUUAGAAAUGGUCUUCUCAACUGCAACGAUUGUUAUAUCAGAUCCAGAACUGCUGGGCAGCCAACAACAUUGUGACAUGAAUUUAAGUCCUAAAAACUUCCUUCGAGAAGAAACUUUCCCAACGUGUCCCUGGGGCUGCCUCCAGACAAUCACUUGUAAGAACUCAUAUCCAUGGACUUCACGGUUCUCAUCUUAUUUCAAAAAGCUCAUAGAAAAGGCUGUAUGCAUAACUUUAAAGCACGAUUAUUUCCCCCUUUAUUACUGAAUUUACAUAAUAUGUAUGAAGGAGAUACUUGGUCAUUCAGAGCCUAAAUACUAUUUUUUAAAAGUUUUCAUGUUUUCAGAUAUGUUAAUGAUUUAAAAUCUGUUAUUUUGCUCUUUUGGAAGUAAAAAGAAAGUGAAGAUGCAAUAAAUCUAUUUUGUUUUAAUAUUUCUAAGAAUUAAACAUGUAAGUUUACAGAACCUUUACAGAUGUUCUAGCAUAUGCCAACUUGAGGUGAUAAAUCAUUUUAAGAUAGCAUCUAAUUAGUACAUUUGAAAAACAACAUCACAGCAAGUGACUUUGUUACUAUUUUUUUUUUUUUUUUACAAAGACACUAGUUUGAUAAUGCAUACUGUAAUUCCGAAACAUUUUCUGUUAUAUUACUUUCAAUGGAAGAGUAGGAGUUAUAUAAAUAAAUUAUUGCACCUUUAGUUGAAGGGUUUUUUGUUUGUGUAUUUCAAGUAAUGUUCAUUGCAAAAGCUUAGUAUUUUAUCACAUAAAGGUUGGAGACUAUCAUUAAGCUUGGAGACUGUAUAGCAUUAACAAUUGGAAGUUCCCAGUGGUGUAAGAAACUGUACAGAACUUGUACUGAAUAAUACGUUACUACCCAAUUCCAGAGGUGGGACCUGUGGGCACAAAUGGAUGAAACUGACUCGCUGUAUCAACAAGAACUGGGUUGGUGGUUGAUGUCCUGGCUUCCCUGUUCUAUUGGCUUGUAAUUUUCUCAUUGCCAGUAGAGUUGUCAUAACUUAAUUUGUAAAUUUUAUGAGUCUUAUACUCUAAAGAGAUUUCACGUGACAAAAAUACAUAUACACACUCAGGCACCUUGGUUUGGGUCCCAUCAAGAAUCAUCUUUAGAACUUGAACAGUGGCAACUUAGUGCAGCUUAGUGAAGACCCUGAAUUUGCCUUCCAUGCCCACCCAGCUCUUAUUCAA